GACAGCGGCUCUGUGCCUCCCUCUCUGGGUUGCUGCUGCUGCUGACCUGAGAGCCUGCCGCUCAACUUUCCUCCCGCUGCUGCGGGCGCUUUGAUUCGCCCAUUUCCCUGCUCUGCUUGCGGUGGCUGAGGACUCUCGAGGCGGUUUCCAAGAAUUUCUAAUGUGAAAGGAAAAAGCCAGGAAGUGCCAAGGAGGUGCUGCUCCCCAUUGAUUGGCAUUGACCAUUCUGGGCCUUUCCCUCAAGCACUGGGUGAAGAUGAGCAGCCUGUCCCGAGCAUGACGUCAUUGGCAAAUGUCAUUGCUUCCCACCAGUCAGAGUGGGUCUCCUUCAAUGAUGAGCUGCUCGUGCCGGUUACUUUGCAGGGUGGCACAGAAGAGCCUCUGGAAAAGUGUUUUUCCUCCUCCGACACCUCCUCAGAAAACAACCAUAAUAUAGAUGGAGAGUUUCAGGACCUCUCACACACUGAGCUGAGUAAUGACGUGGACAAGCCUGGGGUGGACUCUGCAUCUGUAUCUCUGCUUGGGAACCAUGUGUGUCCCAAACCUGAUCUAUCUUCAUCUAUCAGUAACUGGGUUCAAUUUGAAGAUAUGCCAUGGACCAGCACUUUACCAGCUCACAUACAAACAGCCCUUCCAUCAAGAGCACCCUGCUGGACUUCUCCCUCCUCAGAUUAUUCUGAGAGACAGCCCCUUGCCUCAGAGAGCAGCUGGACGACCAACUCAGAGGACACCAGCAGCCAAAGCAUUGCCCCCUCCUACACAGAUUUGCAGUCGAUAAAUACUGAAGAUCUGACCAGUGGUGGGGCUUCUGCAGCAGACUCAGCUGACAAUUCCUCGUCUUUCCAGGAAGAUGAAGAGGUAGAUAUGGAGGCUGUCAACUGGCAGCUGAACAGCACCCCCAUGAAUGGGCACUCUCCAACCCCAACCACAGCUCGUUUCCCCAGCUGGGUGACUUUCGAUGACAAUGAAGUCAGCUCUGCUUCCCUCCAGAACCUUUCUCCCUUGAAACCAGACACCCCGCCAAUAGCAACGCAGACUGCAGAUGUGAACUGUAAUCUUGCUGCAUCCUUUAAGAAGAGGGAGCGCCCCAAGAGCACAUUGGUGGACCUCACUAAAGUUCAAAAGCUAGAUCUUUCCUCCUUAAGUAGGCUGCCUUCUGUUGGAACACCCCCCUGGAGUGCUACUAAUCCCUUCCUGGAUGAGUCUCUGAGGGAUGUCCAACCCUCACCCAUCAACCCGUUCAGCUCAUUCUUAGAGGAACGAGAUAGGCGUUCCCACAGCUCCUCUCUCUCCAGCGCUCCAGGCCAAAGCCAAAGAGACUCCCUUAUUAUCCUCUACCAAGAACCUGACACCAUCAGCUUUGAUGAGUCAAGCAAAAACUUAACCCACACAGAUGCUGUCGAGCAGCUCAAGCAGCUCCAGAUUGGGGAUCCAGAUCACCUGAGCAGCACAACUCUACCUGAUGAUGACCCCCUGAUGCCAUUUGAAGUGGAUGGCACAUUGUUGAACUUGGCCCCAUCUCAGCCCAAGGAUGGCUGGCCAAUGAUGCUCAGGAUACCAGAGAAAAAAAACAUCAUGUCAUCUAGGCAUUGGGGGCCAAUCUACGUCAAGCUGACUGCGAGCGGCUAUCUACAGCUUUUUUAUGAGAAGGGACUGGAGAAGCCCUUCAAGGAAUUCAAACUUGAGAUCAGUCAUGAGAUUUCAGAGCCCAAGCUCCAAAACUAUGAUGAGAAUGGAAGGAUACACAGCGUGCGUAUAGACCGCACCAUCUACAAGGAGAAAAAGAAGUAUCAGCCUAAACCAGCAAUCAGCCACGCAGCAGAAAGGGAACAAGUGAUAAAGCUAGGCACUACUGAUUAUGAAGACUUCCUUAGUUUUAUCAGCGCAGUUCAGGAUAUACUAAUGGACUUGCCAGCCUCAUCAGCAGAUCUGAGCACAGUAGGAUUAAACUAUCAAGAGGAAGAAAUCACUGUUGAUGUCAAGGAUGAGUUUCAUGGCAUCUUGGCCAAAGGAGACAAUAGGAUUCUCCAGCAUAGCGUGCUGACACAUAUACAUGUUCUCAGCUUCCUUUCUGGCCUUUCAGAAUGCAGACUGGGCCUUAAUGACAUCCUUAUAAAAGGGAAUGAAAUCGUUGCACGGCAGGAUAUUAUGCCCACCACUACCACUAAGUGGAUUAAGUUGUAUAACUGCCAGUUUCAUUCAUGUGUGGACGAGGAAAUGUUUAACAGCUCCCACGUUAUCCAGUUUAAUCCCUUGGAUGCCUGCCGAUUCGAGCUGAUGCGGUUCAGGACUGUGUUUGCUGAGAAGACUUUGCCUUUCACUCUGAGAACAGCAGCCACUGUCAAAGGUGCUGAAGUAGAGGUCCAGAGCUGGCUGAUGAUGUCCACUGGGUUCUCCUCCAACCGUGAUCCUCUAACUCAGGUCCCCUGUGAAAAUGUGAUGGUCCGCUACCCAGUGCCAAAUGAAUGGGUGAAAAACUUCCGCAGAGAAAGUGUCCUGGGAGAAAAGUCUUUGAAAGCCAAGGUGAACAAGGGUGCCAGUUUUGGAUCAACCAGCGUGUCUGGUUCUGAGCCGGUAAUGAGAGUAACUUUGGGAACUGCCAAAUAUGAGCAUGCCUUUAAUUCCAUUGUAUGGAGGAUAAACCGACUGCCUGACAAAAACUCAGCUUCCGGCCAUCCCCACUGCUUUUUUUGCCACCUGGAGCUUGGCUCUGACCGGGAAGUGCCUUCCAGUUUCGUCCGCUAUGUGAACGUGGAGUUUGACAUGCCCACCACUUCGGCGUCCAAAGCCACUGUUCGGUCCAUUUCUGUAGAGGACAAGAGUGAUGUCAGGAAAUGGGUCAACUAUUCAGCACACUAUAGUUACAAGGUGGAAAUAGAACAGAAAAAGAACUUGAAUCUUGAUCUGAAGGGAGCAGAAAUUGAAAAUCCGAAGGAAUGUGCCAUGCAGUGAAGGAAGACUUGUCUGCAAGACCCAUGGGAGGAGCAGUAAUGUCAACGGACCCAGCUGAAGAGAACUACAACACCUAGCUUCUGCUGUAAGAAGUACAAAGCAGUACUUUUUUUUAAAAAAUGCUCUUCAGUGUGACUGUGUCUUGAGUUUCCUGGCUCACUAUGAUCUGUAUUUUGGCAGGAGGUUCAUUGACGGUUUAUUUGGAAGAGCUUAGGGAUUUGCUGGAACAUUUUAAAUUCAUCCAAUGUAUUGACAGAAAGACUUACACUACAUUCAGGCCUGCCUUCCUUUCUGCUUCUUCACCAUUUACCUUUCUGCACUGAAGUAUGUUAUGUCGACAACUGCAGCCAAAACAAAAAGCAACCCUGACCUCACUUACAGUCUUCUCCUAUCAUUUGAAUGUUUUCUUGUAAACUGGUGGUUUGGUCAUCAGCAGAGCCUUUCCUUGUGAUCUGCAGAAUAAAACCUUUUGAGAGCUAAGCAAUGGGGGAACUGGGGACAGGGGAAAAGUGGUGCAUGAAAAGGUCUUUCUUUUAUGAAAUAGUCAACAGAAUAAAAAUUUUCCUACAUCCAGAACAUAGUGAACACCAAGGAAAUAAACAACAAAUAAUAUGGCUGAUUAUCUGACUCUUCCCAAUCAACUUUUCUUAUCUCAUCCUCUAAACCCAAACACUAAAGUAAUGCACAUUUUAAUAGGAUCUUGACUAGUCAUGAGAAAAAUUCAUUUGUUCUUAAGGUUUUCACUUGCUGGUCAGGUUUAUGCCAUUAGCUUGAUUGAACAUGUGAUAGCUGCUUUUAAUAGAGAGUGUGCAGUGUAUAGCAUGAAUAGGGCAGGGGCAUUACUGAGAUUAGAUCAUUCCUGCCUAGAAAGAUAUCUGAGGGAAAUAGAUUUUAUUUUAACAUUUUCCUGAAUGGUUAAGUAGACUGGUUACUGGUUCAUGUUGUUUGGACAGGAGGAUCUUGUGUUCCCGAUACUUUGGAAGUCAUUAUAAGAAGUAAAUGUUGUGUGUUCCUGUCCUUGCAAUACAAUGUUGCUUUCAGGUUUCACCCUAACAGCAGGGCCGGCUCCAGGCACCAGCUGAGCAAGCUGGUGCUUGGGGCGGCAGAUUGUUCAAGGCGGCAUUCUGCUCAAUCCUAGGGCGGCACGGCCGCUUUUUAAAAUUUAUUUAUUUUUUGUUCCGCUCUGGCCGCCGUGUAGGGGGCGGCGGCAUGGAGAACCAGAACGCCCUGCAGGGCAGUCCUCUUCCUUCCCUCCACGCCGACCAGAGCAGAGCCCUCGCAGCAGGCAGCAGGAGGCGGCGCAGCGGGAGGGGCCGUGUGGUAGCGCCCCCGCUGUAGCCCUGGCCGCCCCCUUCUCUCUCUCUCCCGCCCGCUCCCUCCCCCCUCCCCUCCAGCAGGUCCCCUUGCACCCGCGCUCUGGCCGUGCCGUAGGUUUUUUUUUUUUUUUUUUUUGCUUGGAGCGGCCAAAAAGCCAGAGCCGGCCCUGCCUAACAGUACUUCCUAAUCCAAGAAAGCCUACAGUGUAACAAAUGUGUGUACUGUAGACACGAUUAUCUUUUCAAUCACACACUAACUGGGACUAAAAGCACCUCUAUCACAGUGAACUAAGGAAACCUCCUCUUAGCUGAAAGUAGUAGCAAGUCCCUCCCUUAUCUUUUCCCUAGACCAGACUGUAGAAGGCAAAAUCACUCAUUCAAUACACAUUGCAGUUGAGUUGUAAAAUGUUUACAAUACCUAAUUUUUACAGUUGUGUAUCUAACCUCUUUGCUCCCCUGCCCAAAAGUAAUAAUUUUUGAUAAAAGAAUAGUAACUUGUUAAAUCAUUUAUCUUUUUAAAGGGAUACUGUUGACUUAAAUAUCAUACAUUUUAAAAAAUCCUUAUGGUAUUAUUAACAACAUGCUAAUUCAUUAAAACAGAGCGACUUUUAAAAUUCUAAAUUUAUUUUUCAUAUUUGUGCGGCUUUUUACAUUUUGCAUUUCACUCAGUUUGGGUCAUGGAAAAUAGACUUUCAUUUUGGUCCCUGGUUACUUUCACUGUCAUUUCCAUGAACAGUGUUGCUGUGUUCAGGUUUCAAAUGCCACACGGGAUUAUUUACAUUUGGACUAAAAAUUGUUUUCAUUAAAUUUUUUUUUAAAAUUGUGAGACCCCUUCUAAGGCCCUCUUUUUAUAUGCACCUAAAUUUUAAGCCUAGAGUAAUCUGAUGAUGUCCUUUUAAAAUCAAAAUGAAAAAAGAAAGGCUCAUCUUUUUCUUUAGGUAGCAAUAAGGCUACAGUAUCUAUGGCAAAAGAACAUUUCUAAAAAAUAAUUCAGGACCCGAUCCUUCAAAGACUUAUUACUGGACAUGGAGCUUUCAACUGCAGGUAGUCCUAGUGAAGCCCAAGAGACAGCUCCAAGCACUUCAUUUCAUAGUAAGUAUUUGCAGGAUCUAUCUGUAAAUGGAAACACUCAUACCCACCUUUGUAAAGCAUUUAGGGAGCUGUGGAUAAAAAGCACUUUUGAAGUGCUAAGUAUUUAUGACAUAGGGUUGCAUAAAGUUAGAAACAUCCAAACAGUCCCUGACACUGGGGUGAAGGAAGAUUCAAAAUCUGAACCCAUAUCCAAAUUUCUUGAUUGACCCUUACACUGGGCUGGCUAGGAACUUUGUGGCUCAGGUCCAUCUCUGUAUAAAAUAAGAAUUUCCUCCCACUGUUCCUAAAACUCAAAACAAACUGUUGUUCAAAAAAGUUUAGAUAACUUUUGUUCCCCUUAUUUUCUAUUUUCACUGUUGUCUCUAGAACUCCAGUUUCUGGUAGGGUGACCAGAUGUCCAAAUUUUAUAGGGACAGUCCAGAUAUUUGGGGCUUUGUCUUAUAUAAGUGUCUAUUACCCCACACUGCUGUCCCAAUUUUUCACACUUGCUAUCUAGUCAUCCUAGUUUCUGGUAAGGCCCAGAAAGAGAAGUAACAAAAUACAAGAAGUGAAUGUGUUCUCAGGAUGUUAUUUAGGAACUAUCGGAAAGCUCAUGUGAAAGAGACUGUUCUUAUUAAAUUCCUAGCCCAGAUUUGCAGACCCAAGAGGUUUGGCUACCUUAGAUCAGUAUAUGAACUUUUGCAUGCUUUCGCCAACCUCUGAACAUUUGGAAAUGCAUCCUAGUGACAGUUAAAUAUAAGAAAUAAUUAAGCAACAAGAUUUGACAGGCCUUGAACAGAGAGGGAACACAGUUCCCCUUCUCUAUUUUAUACUAAGAAGUUUAGCAUGUAUGGAAGUCCAGCCACAGGACAGAUACUUUCCAACAAACGGGAUGAUGGAGACUCAGAGGUUUCUGUUCUUGCUUCAUUUCUCUCUCUCUCUUUUUAAUUCAAAAUAAGUUAAUGAAACUAAGACUAUAAGACUGAUUCUGAUCUCACUCAUACCGGUGUAACUCAGGAGUAGCUCGUCAGAAGCCAAUUGGAGUUCAGUGGAUGAAAUUGGGUUGUCUAUUCUUGAAAAACUAUUUUAAUCCCCAUUUGAUUUCUGCAGAGCAUCCUUGAUACUUUUAUAUUUAUGCAGUCAGAUUUUCCAGAGUUCAGCACCAACUAUCAAAGCCAGAUUUUCAAAGCAACUUGCCUCCCUAUUAGGCAAGAAUAAAUGGCCAGAUUUUCAAAAGAGCAUUGAGUGCUGGACUCUUUUGAAAAUCUGGCUAUAAGUGUUGCAAACUGGGGGGCUACUAGAUGGUGGGAACUCUUUAAAAUCUAGCCUGAGGGCUGAGCACUUGAACAUCUGGCCUUUAAUGCCUUCAGAGGGCUACACUGUCCUUGUGCGAAUGGCACUCUGUCUUUCUAUCUCAUUCUUUCUGCUAGUGCGCAGUUAUGCAUGGACCAUGUUCUCCAUUCACAGGGCACACCGCAGUAAUUAGGAUAAAGUACUGGUUGGGUAGGGGGGAAAAAAUCAAAAAUUUCAUCAGACCUUAGAACAGCAGAAAGGAUUUAGACGCAAAAGGUUUGUAUGAUAGGAAUAAUUAUUCCACCUCUGGGAAGAGGUCCCUUUAAAUGCCUUCUAUUAGGUACACCCUUUGUGGGUGACACAAUCUCUGCCCUUUGAUUUCCCUUUGAAGUGCUUAUAGUUCUGGAGUGCAACAUGCAAAAAAAGUGCCUUCAGUGCACCUGUACAUUUAUUUCCUGAAGCUAUUUCCACUCUGACUCUCCUGUUUUCUUUUUCAGUUUCAUUUUUGGAGACUAGUGGUACUUGGGGUGCAGUGUGGUUGCUAACGAUUUUUUGGGGAAAAUCCACACCAGGUUUUAGAGAAACAGACAACAUUUGAUCAGAGUGAUUGGAGACUAAAGUCCUCCCCUUAAAGCUAAACUACUCUUACUGAUACAUAUUAUAUUUAAUAACUAUAGAUAUUGUGCUGAUAAGAACAAAGGAAAAAAAGGCAAAUUCAUCUGAAAAAUACUCCAACAGAUUGACGAUACCUGCUGCAUUUUAAAGUUAUUCAAAAUUAAAAUGAUAAUCCCCGCUAAAGACUGAGGAAAUUUUAGGGCUCUUCACUGCAUGCAUUGUCAUCUGAUCAGUGCUGAGAUAUCAUAUCAGCGUGACAUACAUUAUCUUCUGGCAGGGAGCUGGCUGGAAUACCUACUUGACAAGACAAUCCAAGACUUAAAGGAGCCACAUGUCCUCUUGACUCAUGAGCUGCCAAGAGUCCCUGAUUACCUCACUACUGAUGAAAGGAUCGAUUUCAUUUGCAAAAGAUCCUGAAAGUGAAAGAAGGGGCACCAGAACCAGUAAAGUCCAUCUCUGGAGCCCAAUUACGCUGUCAGUUGCUUGCAGGAAACUCUCAUUGAUUUCAGUGGCACUUAGCAUACCUGAUGUGUUACCUUUAUUCUAGGGGUUGGCAGAUUUUAAAAGAUGAUAUGCCUAGGUCAGCCUUUACAGAUUUAGCCUACAUGGUUUUCAUCACUCUAGGAAUUAACGGAAGCCACUAAUCAGUUGUUGAGGAAAUACACACCGUCCGCUGCCAUUUAGCCUAAAGCAACCUGCUGUGAGCUUUGAAGCCUCCUGGGACAACAAAAUUUAAGUUGUUCCUAACCUUCGUUAUGCCUCAUCCAUCCACACAAUUCAGAACCUCUUGCACUAUUGUGAUGGACUGAUCUGAUUAUUUUGUAACAUGUUCCUUUCUUUUUGUUUUGUAAAAUUGGAAAGUCUACACACUGGCUAACUCUGUAGAGGUGGUUUAAUUAUGUUGUGAUGUUGUUGGUUUUUUUUAGCAACUCUGGAGUGGGAUAUAAUUUUUGUUUGAACUGUGGGAAAACUGUUAAAUAAAUGUAAACAUAAAACAAAAUCCUCAUAUUUUGAUUGUGAAA